GGAAGAGACAGCUUGUGGAGUAUUGGUGUUAGUGAGGCAGUGAGCCUCCAAGUCUCGGAGAUUCCUGCACUAAAGGGCACGGCGCUGUGAUGUAGGGAGCUCUCUCUCUCUCUCUCUGACGGCUAUACAAACUCACCUUCAAACCAGAAAUGGUGCAGAAACAGCCCAGGGGGUGUGUGUGGAUGUAGAUGGUGCUCAGUCUCUGUGAGAAGGCGGUGAUGAUAUAGAUCGGUGUGAGUGCUGAUCGCUCCUUGACCCUUAACCACUUGUUGUGAAUGCCAGUCCGUGCAAAUCGAGGGGGAUAGAGGCGACUAACUGUAACGUGGAAAGAGUCGCCAAACUUCACAUCGAUCAAUUCACCCAAGAAGGAAAUUCCGGAAAGGGUCCGACUGUCUGUCAGGAAUAGACAACAAGGACUGACUCACAGGGAGACAUAUUUCAGGGAAGAAGCACUAAAUACAAAAUUAUACAAAAGCUUGAGGACCGCAAACUCAGGAGUCCCUGAAAAACGUUUAUUGAACAGAUCAUUCCAGGGUUGGAUUGAACGAUGAACAACUGCACUGUUGAGCACAGUAUCCACCAGAUCCUGUUUCCCGCCGUCUACAUUGGGGUCUUCAUUAUUGGCCUCCCGACCAACCUGCUAUCCCUGUAUCACAGCUACCUACAGAUCAGGCAGAAGAAUGAGCUGGGAAUCUAUCUCUGUAAUCUGACCAUCUCAGACCUGUUGUACCUCCUUUCCUUACCUUUGUGGAUUCAGUACAUGCUGCAGCACGAUGACUGGCAACAUUCUCGGGAACUUUGCAUCUUCAGCGGUCUGCUCCUCUACCAGAAUAUUUACAUCAGUAUUGGCUUCCUCUGCUUCAUUGCCAUUAAUCGCUUCCUUGUUGUGGCUUACCCUCUGAAAUUUAAAGUCAUACACAGCAGGAAGGCAGCUUUGCUCAUCAGUAUUCUCAUCUGGCUCAAGGAGAUAGCCGUCUGCACCAUUUACAUGGGCUCCAAGGUUCUCAGUAAAGACGAGGGGAAUGAUACUCUGUGUUUUGAACAUUAUCCUUUGCGCCCAAAGGACAAAUAUUUAAAUAUUUACAAACUCUCCAUUGGCUUUGGUCUCCCUUUGAUUUUAUUCCUCUACUCUUACUUUAAACUGUUGAAGGUUGUGCAAAAUCUCCGUGGGUCUGAACGACAGCGGAAAUUAAGAAUAAAAAAAUUAGUAUCUGGGACAAUCAUAAUUUUCCUGGUUUGCUUUGCCCCUUAUCACAUUUUCCUGAUGGUCCGAAGCAUAUUUGAGUACGACUGUUCCUUUGCCGACAGUAUUUUUGAGGUUUACCAUGUUGGGCUGCUGCUGAUGAGCUUCAACUGUGUGGCCGACCCCAUCUUGUACUGUUUUGUCUCUCCAAGUUCAAAGGGUUGGUUAGCAAGGUUCCUCGAUCCUGUUAGCAAGCUCCUUUCUUGUGCAAAAAGACAAACAAUCACAGAUGAAAACCUCAGUUUGAAUUAAUAUUGAACCCAUCUCUCAAGUUCAUUCAGUUGAACAGUUUGCAUUGUAAUAGUGCCUUUAACAUAGUAAAACAUCCUCACAUAUCUCACAAGGAUUGAGUAAACAAAAUGCGACACCAACAGGGAGAGAGCUGUAUGAGAACAAACAGUGAGUUUGUUGUUCUGUCAGUUUCAGUUUUGUUCUACUUUAAAUCAUUUUCACCUCACCCUUGCCAUUCAAAUCCAAAACUAUUCCAUUGUCAUUCCUCAGGGGUCUGGAGUGAAACACUGCAAACAUUUUAAAUUGAUUCUUUCACUGAAGUUGUUUCAACAGUUCAUAGCACAUGUCUGAGACAGGUGGGACUUGAACGUCAAACAUCUGACUCAGAGGUAGGGUCACUGUCACUGCAUAACCAGAACUGGUUCUAGUCCCAUUGUCACUGAGAUGUCUCCAACAUUUUUGAGGGAGCCUUGGUGUCUGGACAUCAAUAAAUGGAGCAAGUCUGAGUUUGCAGCUCCCUCUCCUGACAGUUCUGAAAACUGUAGGCACUGUCAGCAGUGUCACAAUCACUUGAUUUAUACUCUCAUCUUUUAUCAAGAGUACAGGAGGCCAGUAUAAAGUUGGUAUCAGCAUGUAUCAAUUUAUGAGCAAAGUAGUAGGGGUUCAGGUACAUAAUUCAUCACAUGGUCAAGAAGGCAUUUAGCUCAGACCUUUGAGGAUAGGAGUUGGGACGUUAUGUUAAAGUUGUACAGGACAUUGGUCUGGCCUCUUCUGGAGUAGAUUAGAUUAGAUUACUUACAGUGUGGAAACAGGCCCUUUGGCCCAACAAGUCCACACCGACCCGCCGAAGCGCAUCCCACCCAUACCCCUACAUUUACCCCUAACCUAACACUACGGGCAAUUUAGCAUGGCCAAUUCACCUGAAUCGCACAUCUUUGAACUGUGGGAGGAAACCGGAGCACCCGGAGGAAACCCACGCAGACACGGGGAGAACGUGCAAACUCCACACAGUCAAUCGCCUGAGGCGGUAAUUGAACCCGGGUCUCUGGCGCUGUGAAGCAGCAGUGCUAACCACUGUGCCACUGUGCUGCACAUGAGUACUGUGUGCAGUUCUGGUUGGCCUAUUACAGGAAGGAGCUGGAGAGUGGUCAGAACAGAUUUACCAGGAUGUUGCCCUGCUGAGGUCAAGUCUAACCCAUAGCUCCACCCGAACCAUGAGGAGGGCAAACAGGAAGGUCGCAAACCCACUCUGAGCCAGAACUAGGGGUCACAGUUUAAGAAUACGGGGUAAGUCAUUCAGGACUGAGAUGAAGAAGAAUUUUGUCACUCCAGAGAGUUGUGAACCUGUGGAAUUCUCUCCCACUGAAAGCUAUUGGGGUCAGUUCACGAGAUACAGUCAAGAGGGAGAUGGACGUGGUCCUUGUGGCUAAAAAGAUCAAAGGGUAUCGUGUGAAAGUGGGAGUGAGACACUGAAAUUAUAUGAUCAGCCAUGAUCACAUUGAAUGGUAGUGCAGGCUCAAAGCACCAAAUGGCCUACACCUGCACUUUUUAAAAUGUUUCCAUGACUCCUGUUGCUGUUGGCCCUAGUCUAUCCACACUGAAUGUCCAUUUCUGAACAUGGGGCAUUUCUGAAGGACAGUUCAAGAAAGGCCUGGUUUUGGGAUUGGGUCAAACAUUGUCGUUUAGAUACAGAGAACAUCAAAUGCCUUGACAUGAGUUUCAGCAGGACUACAAAGGAAAAUAAGGCUCUGUCAGUGUGACAACCCAUGUCAACAUAUCAAGAAGGGAAGUUUGAUGUUAGAUUUACCAGAAAACAGGACAGCAGCCAACAGGAAAGAUCCUGACAAAGCGUCAGAAGGAGACCUUGGAUCAACUGGAGAUAGACACUUUGGGGUGAUUAUGGAACUAAUUACUAGAGACAUUUUGAACAAUUGUACUAAAUAAUUAGGAUUUUCUGGGAGCAAAUGAACAAUGCAACAUUUUUUUCAUCUUCUUUUCACCUCUUUAUCAGCCUAUUAAAUCUGCCGUCAUUCACUGGAAUCAAUGUAAAUUGUUU